AUGAAUGUAAACAUUCAAAUGUUGGAGCAAGGAAACAAAAACUUGCAACACAUUGGGGAUUCAAAGAAAAAGAAUCUCAUCCACUUUUAUCCUAAUCUAUCAAGCAAUAUGGGCUCAAAACAAAGUAAAGAGGUGGAAUCAAAACAAAGUAAAGAGGUGGAAUCAAAACAAAGGAAAGAGGUGGAGUUAAAACAAAGUAAAGAGGUAGAGUCCAGUUUCACAGCACCACAUUUGGUUGCAGCCAUUGACUUUGGUACAACAUAUUCUGGGUACGCAUUCUCAUUUCGUGUUGAUUUUGAUCAAGAUCCAUCUAGAAUCAAAGCCUAUAACUGGAUAGCUGGGAGUCAAUCCCUGAUUUCUCAUAAAGCACCAUCAGUGAUUCUGUUGAAGCCGGAUAAAAACUUCGAUUCAUUUGGAUAUGACGCCGAAGACAAAUAUGCAUCACUAACAGAACUUAGUGAGCAUGAGGGAUGGCUGUACUUCAAACGCUUCAAGAUGGCUCUUCAUAAGAAUAAAAGACUAGGACGGUCUACCUUGAUAAAGGACAUAAACGGUAUUGAAAUGCCUGCGAUUGCAAUAUUUACGAUGGCAAUAAAGUUCCUCAAAGAGCACCUUAUGGAAACUUUGGAAAAAGUAGCGGACAAUUGUACUGAGGACCUCAUUCAAUGGGUACUUACUGUUCCCGCUAUCUGGGAUGAGGGUGCUAAACAGUUUAUGAUGGAAGCAGCAGAAGACGUUAGUAUUGAUUUCAAACAUACAAUGAAAAGCAUUGAAAUGGUAAAAUUUUCCGUUUAA